AUCAAAGAUGGCGGGAGCCUCCGACCCACUGGAGGACAUGCUCUUCAAUGAGGUGGAUGAGAAAGCAGUUAGCGACCUAGUUGGCUCUCUGGAAUCACAGCUGGGCGACCGAAAGGCACCCGGGGCGUCUUAUUCCGACGGGAAACGGGACGCAGCUCCGCCGCCGGUUACACACUUCUCAGGGAAAGUGCGCGAGCCACCGGGGUCUGUGGAGCCGCAACAAGGGCAUCAGAAAGCGGGGUUAACCGGAGAACAGGGCGCUAAUGAGUCGCUUUCCGGUAAACCUCUCACCUCCUCUACCUCCUCUGUGUCCGCCGGGGCCGUGACUCCCGCCGCAGUUGCUCCUCAGACAGUCGGAGCUUCACCGACCGUCCCCCCCGCACCGGGACCCGGAACUUUGAGCACUCAGUCCGGGGCUGCUAGCUUCCCCCGAGCGGCGGUCCAGGGUCCGAGCACCACCACCGGCCCCCCGGGGGAGGCGAUCCGGACCGCGUCUCCCGGAGUACAAAGUUUGAACGGCAGCCCCGGAGCUGUGAAGUUGGUGAACUCCCCCGCAGCCCCCCCAGCGGUCGGGAGCGGGUCUGUUAUCAGCACUGUCAGUCCCGGGGGGUCCACGAUCAUCGCCCCCAUGGCCUCACAGCCCGGGUUCCCCGGACACCAACAGACCUCAGCGGUGACCCCUGGUGGACCCCUGCAGAGACACACUGGCCCAGUGACCCAGAACGGAGUGGACCCCAAAGGAGCCCCACUGGUGGUCCCGGGUGCACCCUCGCCUCAGGUCCUGAACCACAGCACGGCCCCUCUACACACCAAGGUACUGCUGCCCACCCAGCCCACCUCCGGGAGCUCCGUCAUCCUGACCAGCACCCCCCCUCCCACUGCUCAGUCCCCCGUCAGUCAGACCCAGACAGGGACCAGUCCAGCUCCCGGGGGCAUGAAGACCGCCGUGAAUGGGGUGGCCCCUCCCACUGUGGCCUUGGUAAGACCACCGGGCGUAGCUGUGGGGGCCACCACCGUCCAGCAACAGAGGCCUGGGCUGGUGGCUACACCCACCAGAGCGGCGGCCCCUCAGCCCCAGAUUGCGGUCCGGCCUCAGCAGCAGACCACCAUCCAGCUGCCCCCCGGGUUCUCCAUGCCGCCAGGUAUGGUUCUGGUCCGGACCGAGACUGGUCAGCUGGUGAUGGUCCCUCAGCAGGUCCUGGCUCAGGCUCAGGCAAAGACGCAGCAGAGCCAGACGGUCAGCAAUAUCACACAGAGACCAGCCACGCCAACCGCCGCAGCCACCAUCCGAGUUUCCACCGCCUCCACGGUUCCUCAGACAGUCCGUUUAGCUACCCCUGCUCAGACCAGAAUGGUUCAUUCUCCCUCCACCAACACAGUUCAGAAGGCCAUCACGGUGGCUCCUGGCGGUGCUGCGGUGUCGGUGAAGAUGACCCCCCCUCAGAAGGCCCAGACUGUGAUCACAGCAGGCGGGACGCCUACGGCCAAACCAGCUGGAGUCUCCACUACCCCCCAUACCAGCACGCCGCCCACCACUACCACCACGCCAGCUAACAGAGUCACAGUGGUGUCACAGGAAAUGCAAGAAAACGUGAAGAAAUGCAAGAACUUCCUCGCCACGCUCAUCAAGCUGGCAUCCCACAACUCGCCCUCCCCAGAUACCUCCAAGAAUGUGAAGGCCCUGGUGCAGGACCUGCUGGAUGCAAAGAUCGAGCCUGAGGAGUUCACCACUCGGCUGCAGGCUGAGCUCAAGUCCUCCCCACAGCCCUACCUCAUCCCCUUCCUCAAGAAAAGUCUCCCCGCUCUCCGUCAGUCUCUGCUCAGCAGUCAGCAGUCCCUGGUGACCCCGAGCACAUCAGUGCCCCCCCUUGCUGCCCCCGGCUCCGUCACCACCACCGCCAUCAGACCACGCCUACCCAUCAGCCCGGCCAGCAGCACAGUCAGACUGAACCCGCCGCUCACCAACACUCUGGCUGUGAACAGAGCAGGUGCUCAGAGCGUUCAGACCCGCUCACCUGUCGUCUUCAGUCAAAGUAUCAGACCUCAAGGGAAUAUCGUUAGAGGACCUACAACUAUCAUCGGAAAAAGUCCUGUUAACCUUGCAGCUCAGGCCAAUCAGAGGAAGCUGAGUGACCCUGGGGGCGGGACUUUCAGAGAUGACGAUGACAUCAACGAUGUGGCGUCCAUGGCCGGCGUCAACCUCAAUGAGGAAAACGCCCGUAUCCUAGCAACCAGCUCUGAGCUGGUAGGGACAAAGAUCAGGUCGUGUAAAGACGAGUCCUUCCUGCCCACCGGCCUGCUGCACCGGCGCAUCCUGGACACAGCUAAGAAGCUCGGUGUGAGCGAGGUUCCCCUGGAGGUGGUUAACUUCAUCUCCCAUGCCACCCAGUCCAGACUGCGCUCGCUGCUUGAGAAGGUUUCAGCCGUCGCUCAGCACAGAUCGGACGGGGGCAAGGAUGAAGAGCAUCACGAGCCGACGUCGGACGUUCGCUCUCAGCUGCGUUUCUUUGAGCAGUUGGAGCGGAUGGAGAAACAGAGGAAAGACGAGCAGGAGAGAGAGAUCCUGCUGAAGGCUGCCAAGAGUCGAGCGAGACAAGAAGAUCCCGAGCAGGCUCGCCUGAAGCAGAAGGCUAAAGAGAUGCAGCAGCAGGAGCUGGCUCAGAUGAGACAACGAGACGCCAACCUCACAGCGCUCGCCGCCAUCGGGCCGCGCAAGAAACGCAAAAUGGACUCACCGGGGGGGUCGACAGCUGGCACAGAGGUGGCGUCAGGCUCGGGUGCAGGCGGCUCCUCCUCGCCGGCCUCCUCACGCCAGCAGCUCCGUCAGCGGAUCACACGAGUUAACCUCAGGGACUUCAUCUUCUGUCUGGAGCAGGACCGCACCACGGCUCGCUCUCUGACGCUCUACAAGGCUCUGCUGAAAUGAGGAGCCCCUGCCCCCCCACCCUCCCCCGCUCGCUCACGUCCUCUGAGGUGGUUCAUGGUCGCCGUUCAUUCUGACUCCUGCAGCAUCGUCUACUGAUCAGUUUGUCAUCCUCAAGUGUUCUUAGGGUUGUCACAAUACCAGAUUUUUAAACUUCAGUACCAGCCAGGAUCGAAACGUGUUGAUACCAUGGCAACAGAAACAGAAGUCCUGGACACUCGGAGUUUGGUCAUUUAUUGUUUUUAAUUAUGGAAAGUCAUGAUGAUGUUAAAAAUGAAUCCUGAGGUGAAGAACGUUCAGAGUGAUGUCAGACUGAGAGAUGAGCUGCUCAGGUCGUACCUGAACAGGUGUCUUCACAGCUCACAUAUUUAUGAACUGAUCCGGCUGCACUCGCUGAAAGUCGCAGGAUCCUAAACGUGUUUUUAGAGUUUGGAACGUUCACGUCAAACCAUCAGAUUUUAAACUUAUCAUAAAUCAUGAAGAUGUUUUUUUUUU